AUGAUAAUCAGGGGUGAGUUGGCAGACUACCUUACAACAAAGGAGUACGUAAAGCCUCGGGAGGUUAACCCUCGGAGAGUAAAAGGUAAUCAAGUAAAGGUCAUCCAUGCAAUACAUGGGAGAUCAGAAAAUGACCAAGAAUCGAAAGAAGUAUAUAGAUCCAGGCUGAGGACAACCCAUAAGUUAAGAAAGUUGUCCUCGAUAAACACUGUCGCCUCGGGCAGUAUUAGUAUUAGGUUUGGUGAUGCAGACUUAUCUAGACUUCAACUCCUUUACAAGGAUCCACUAGUCAUCAGCCUUCUGGUGGCAAACUGCAUGAUCAAAAUGGUUUUGAUAGACCCAGGUAGCAGUGCCAAUAUUAUCACAAAGGCAGUCUUCGAGAAGCUGGAGGUCCCGUCAUCAUCAAUUCGGCCCACCUCCAGUCCCUUGAUGGGAUUUGAUGGCACGAAGGUAAACCUCCUUGGGGUGAUUGAUUUAUCCGUCACUGCGGUAAAAAGAACAUUGAAGGAGAACUUUAUCCUAACAAAGAUUCAUCCUUCUUAUAAUCUCAUUAUGGGAAGAGGCUGGAUCCACCGAAUGAACGAGGUCCUAUCUACCCUUCAUCAAGUGAUGCGAUGCCUGUCCCCGGAUAGGAAGGAAGUUAUUAAUCUUUGGGGAAAUCAUGUCGCUACCAAAGAAUACUAUAUGCUGACAUAG